UAAAGGCGCGGUCUCAUCUUGUUUGAAUUAGUUGUUACCAGAAAAGCAAAGCAAAUAGAACAUCUUACGAGACUCAGCAUCACGAUGUCUGUUAAAUUCAUGAUUUUUGCUUCUUUGACGGUCGGAGUUCUCUGCUCGCCAGACCCGAACUACAGACCACCUGUUUACGGUGCUCAGCCAAAGUACGAGUACCUCGAGAUUCCGCACUGCGCCAAAAACACGACCAAGUCCUGGUGCCUGGAAGACUCUGAAUAUCCCCAACAUGAAGUGCAACAAGCCCUGGACCAACAUUACCAGGCCGUCUUGGCUUUCUACAAGGACAAACUGGCCAACACUGAGAAUUCAGUCGACGGACUGGACAAGUUGAACGACGAAUCUUAUCUCUGCCCAAGUUCCACCGAUUACAUCCGUCCUUUCCGGGCCAUCAAUGUCGACGGCAAGUGGCGCACCAUCGUCAACGGCGUCGAGUCUUACGGCAUCAAGUACACGCAAACUGCUCGAAUUGAAGAAUGCGACGUGGUCGUGGGUGCCACCUGCCCCUUGGUACCGUCCUGCUACGAGUCAAAAUGCGUCCAGAAAAAUAUUUUCCAUCGCUUCUUGGUCUACAACCCGUACGACUACGCUUUCCCUUUCGCCAUUGAAAAAUUCAAGUUGCCCGGAUCGUGCGGUUGCGUUGUCGGAGCUUUCCACCUUUAAAAAAACGCAUCAAUUCAAAAUUACUCCAUCGUAUUGAGUAGUGGUACAUGAUCAAGAGCAAUUUCUGCAUGGAAAACUUAUCAAAUACUCCACAUGAUCACCUUAAUUAUUUACAUAACCAAAAAAUAAAACAGUUUAAAUUCAG